AUGCAGAAUACGCGCUUCAGAGGGUUGGCGACUUUUCUUCGCCUCGCUUUGAUUGUGGGCAUCGUCACAACCUUCUCCUUCAUCGACACAGCAACUGCGACUUUGGUGCUUGGCAAUGAAAUCCCAGCUUCGCAGUUCCUGAACGACGUGGUGGGCAACAGAUGUGUGCAAUUGAGCCCAUCCAACACUGGAUACUACUUUGAUGGCGGCUUUGGCACCGGCGUGACUCGCACGCGCUGUCCCAAAGGUGGCAUGUGCCAGUGCCGUCAAUUUGAUGAGUGCCAAAAUGGAGCAGACUGCGUCCGGGUGUUUGCGUGCAACGACACUGAAUCAACAGGGUGUACCGCCGUUUCAAACUGCACCCAGACCGUCUUUGAGACCACAUUCGAGGUUGUCGUCGACUGCCGCGACCCGCUUGAUGAGCGCGAUGAGGCCGGUAUCGACUUCUUCGGCAUGCGCUGGAAGCAGGCCCUUGCUGAGGACUGCAGCAUUGGACGCGUGUGCCGCUACAAUGGCGACACAGCAGCCACGAUUGAGGUCAUCAACGGCACCACCUUCCGCACCACCACCCUCAACCCAGCGCACGUGGACCACCUCAUCGACUGCGCACAGACGCAAACCUUCAAGUUCAACCGCUGUGAAGUCCUGAGCGCCAUGUUCAGCGCCAACGUGCGCGACACCUUCACGGACUGCGUUGCGGCCACGGAUCACUACAGCAUCUCAAACCUGAUUGACUUUGGCAUCUGCGUUGGCGAGUGCGACGAAAUCUCAAGCUCAAGCAACCUCACCCAGAUGCAGGCCGUGCUCGAGUGCUACGUGAACUGCGCCAACGACACGGCGGACAUUGGCUGCGAGGUGACCACCACCACUACGACAACCACGACCACAACCACCCUUCCCUACGACUUGCUGGAUGAAGUCAGCGACUACGCCACAUUUGUCUCCAACCAGACACGCGCUGGCUGCACGCGUUCCGUGUUGUCGACCAACGGCUACUACCUCCUCUCUGGCGCAGCCGCUGGCGUGCAGCAAGCUGAGUGUGACCGCGGUGGCGGCUGCAGCUGCUUCCACUUUGAGGAAUGCAACGACCCCGAGGGCAUGACAUGCAUGGAGGUGUACGAGUGCGAGACCAAGAGCGGAAGCGCCGACAGCUGCUACACCUUUGACGAGUGCGUGGAGGAUGACUUCCACAUUGAGGCCAUCAUGGCAGUGUCGUGCAACGAUAGCCAGCUGCUGGAGACCUUCAACAACACCAUGCUGGACGACUUUGCUGUCGACCUCAAGGCAUCGCUCAUCGAGGACUGCAGCGACCUUCCUUUGCAAUGCCAUGUCAAGUCUGAUGACUACACGGACAUUGAGGUUCUGGACAACAGCACCUUUGUCAUCGGCGUCUACAAGCCAAACGACAUUGCCCGCCUUUCGAGCUGCGCAGAGCUGAGCUCCUUCACCUUCCACGGUUGCACCGUCGAGCUGGUGGAGCGAUAUGAUGCGGAGGCGCAGGUCAUUGUGACGCAGCGGUUUGUGGUGACGGGCGUCAACGAGUCCCAGGUCAACACCACCGCCAUCAAGCAGCGGCUGUUGGCCAAGCUGCCGCAGUUCACAGCCGACCAGAUUGAGGUCCGCAUUGAGCCCAUCAGCCGCCGCGCCACGAACGAUGGCUUCAUUGUUGUCAUCGAGUACACGGCCGAUGACGAAGAUGCAGAGGACGUGGUCAACACCGCCAACGAGGUGGCAAACAACGGCACCCUCACUGAGGUGAUCGAGGAAGACACGGGCGAAAUGGUGGACACCAUGCAGGAAGGUGAUGUCAUGAUUGACUUGCUUGGAACGGCGUAUGGCGACAAUGUGUACAGUGUAGCGUAUGCGUUCGACAGCGUCUUCAUUGCGGGGCAGACAGGCGGGACGCUGUUUUCAGACACGCCACCAUCUCAGGCUGCGUGCUUCGUCGCCCGUCUUGAUGCCGCCGACCUCACAACCACAAUCUGGGGUGUGCACUUUGACGGAACCUUGACCGAGUCGUGCAAGAGCGUGGCCGUGGACACACUGGCGGAGCGGGUGUAUGUGGCCGGUGAAACGAACAGCGCCCUCUUUGGCCCUACCAUUGGCCUGAAAGACGUGUUUAUCGUGGCGCUGAAUGUCACGGAUGGCAGCGAGGUGUGGAGCACGCAGGUUGGCACCGGCAGCUCAGACAGCGUCGCCGACAUGGACAUCGACGCUGUGACCCACAAGGUCGUCGUGACGGGGUACACACUCGGCGUCUAUGGCGAUUCGAGCGCGGGCACCAGCGACGCAUUCGUGGCUGCAUACGAUGGUGAUGACGGCACCGAGCUCUGGGUCACCCAGUUUGGGACCAGCCAAUGGGACGAGGGUACGGCUGUCACCGUCGACGACGUCCGCGGCCUCGUGAUUGCCGGCGGCUACACCCCCGCCGACCUGUUUGACACCUCGGUGGGGAACGAUGACGCGUUCUUGGUUGCUUUGGAUAUUGCUGACGGCACAACAGCGUGGAGCAGGCAGUUUGGCACAGAUGCCGACGACAUCAUCACCAGUCUCACCAUUGACGUCGUGUUUGGCAGCGUGUUCUUCAGUGCACGAUCUGCUGGCGACCUCUAUGCCAUGGGACAAGGCAACCACGAUGUGGUUGUGGGCGCGGUUGCGACAACGACUGGCACCGAGCAGUGGGGGGUGCAGUUUGGAACAGACAGCUACGACCGACCCGAUGACAUUACCUACGGUGCGACGGCAGAUGUUGUCGCAGUGGGCGGGCGAGUGUCUGGCGAUGCGUUUGGCAGCGGCUCCUAUGGAUCGAGCGACGGUUUUGUGGCGUACCUGAGCGCCGAUAACGGCGACGUGCUUGACAGUCUGCAGUUUGGUACGACGCAGCCAGACGGCGUGUAUGGGGUGGCGUUUAUCACGGACACGAACAGGAGUGUCAUUGUUGGCACAUCGGAUGGAGGGGAUUUGUUUGACAGGGCGAGCGGAGAGACUGACAUUUUCAUUGCGCUGAACGAGUACAGCCUGAACCCCACCACCACGACCUCGACAACGACGACAACGACAACAUCCACCGCAGCACCCACAGCCGACACGACGAGCAUUGUGUUGAGCUCCAGUGACUUCCUCACCGCAGUCCUUGCCGGUAACGGCCUCAUCUACAGCGUGUCGCUGACGAAGGGAAACGUGCUCAUCCUGGAUGCGACCACAGACACGGCUGACGAGACCACCAUCACUGGGCUUCCAAGGAAUGCUCCCUGGGCGGAUUGCGCACUUGCCGACAGCGGCAUCAUCUACUGCGUCCCGUUCGCCUCGGACGCUGUGUUGAUGAUUGACCCUUCCACCAACACGUACGACAACACCACCAUCACCGGGGUGGGGUCAGAGGCCGGCAACUACUUUGGCACCGUGCUUGCUGAUAACGGGCUCAUUGUGGGCUGUCCAGCAAGCGCCGACGCUGUGCUCUUUGUCGACCCCUCAACCAACACGUUCGACACCACCAGCGUCACGGGUUUGACCACGGCAACAGACAAGUGGUUUGACGGAGUGAAAGCCAACGACGGGCUCAUCUACUGUAUCCCAGCCAGUGCAGAGUAUAUCCUCAUUGUGGAUGCGAGCACGAGAACCGCCGACACAACCUCCAUCACCGUGCCCAGUGACCCCUUGACCUGGAAAUGGGGCCAAGGGGUCGUGGGUACCGACGGCCUCAUCUAUGCCAUGCCACACGGCCACGAGAGUGUGCUGAUCAUCGACCCAGUCGCCAAGACAGCAGACACUACUUCGUUGGCAGGCCUCGGCGGUGACAGUGCGUGGUUUGGUGCCGUUGUUGCAAGCAGUGGCCGCAUCUUUGGACUUCCUUACAACUCUGAGAGCGUGCUCAUCAUCGACGUGCCAGCAUCUCAGCCCGGGGAGGCACCCGCUGUCGUGCAAACGGAGAAGUGGGGUGGAGGUGUGUUGGCUGCCAACGGCAACAUCUACGGCAUGCCAUACAGGUACACCGAAAACGCAGUUCUCAUCAUCUCCCCCUAG